CUCACCACGUCCACAAAAAUGAAAUCUUGCUGCCCAGCCUUCCGUUCUUCAACAAAAAAUAAGCUCAGUGGCUGAUGAAGUAAGUUCACACGAACAGCACAAGAGUUUUUCUUCACACUUUUGGAGUUGUUCUCCUCAAUUUUAGGAAAGAUUUUGAAUAUUCCUUCGUCAAACUUGGUUUGUAAAGAUUAAAUGGGCACGGUUGUUCAAUCCAUUUCUGGCCUUUCUUGGAGGAACAACAGGCAGAUUGUUGCAUCUCAAGGCCUGGUUUCUCAAUCUGCACAAGAGAAAGCUCAAUCAAGAAUCAGGGCAUCUGCAGGCUCAACACAAAAUUGGUGUUGUACUGUGGAAAAUGAGGAAUUUUCAGGCCUGAUGAGUAGAAGGGCAGCUAUGGCAUCUGGGGUUGCUUUAGUUUCAUCUGCCGUUGUUGGAUUUCCAGGAGAUGGAUUGGCACUAGUGAAACAAGGUCUUCUGGCGGGGAGAAUUCCUGGCCUGUCUGAACCUGAUGAACAAGGUUGGAGAACAUACCGAAGACCAGACGAGAAGUCGGGCGGUCACGGUGUUGGGUGGAGUCCCAUCAUUCCAUAUUUGUUUUCUGUGCCUCAGGACUGGGAAGAGGUUCCUGUGUCAAUUGCUGACUUGGGAGGCACAGAGAUUGAUUUGAGAUUUGCCAGCCCGAAAGAAGGACGCAUAUUUGUGAUUGUUGCUCCAGUUCUAAGAUUUGCGGAUAAUCUUGGUGAUAAUGCUACAAUAGAACAAAUAGGGACUCCAGAGAAAGUGAUUAAUGCAUUUGGGCCGGAGGUGAUCGGGGAGAAUGUAGAAGGAAAGGUUUUAAGUGCUGAAGUAGCAGAACACUCGGGAAGGAAAUAUUAUCAGUUCGAGUUAGAGCCACCUCAUGUUCUGAUCACAGCAACAGCAGCAGGAAAUCGGCUCUACUUGUUCAGUGUUACUGGAAAUGGUCUUCAAUGGAAGAAGCAUUACAAGGAUUUGAAAAGGAUAGCCGGCUCUUUUCGGGUCAUCUAAUACCAAAAUCAUACGUCGUCGCAACAGAUUUAAGUCCUUGGAACCCAGUAUACAGGAAAUACCCAUGAGUGCAUGAGAUUGAUUUGAGCUUGUAGUUAACAUGUAUUUCAUCAAAAUUUAGUGAUGUUGUAGAGUACUUGCUCCCCUGUUCUGUACAUCAUAAAUAGUCUAUGAAGGACAUAAUCUGUACACUUCUAUACUUGAUCUCUUCAAUAGUUUAUUCUACAGAAAUUUUGAGUUGA